UAAAACCUCGUCUGUCGACCAGCAUUGAUCAACCAGUCGAGUUCUAUCUUCUUUCCUCCGAGCUUUCUCCCGUUCUUAUUCGCUCGAUUUCUCCCAUUAUACGUUUCCAAACAGAAGUGCGUGUGGGUGAUACGUUUCAGUGCGCAAGAAAAAAACAAAACAAAACAAACAACAUGUUUUACGUCACUCAGUGGAUUUUGGUGACUGUGGCGGUGUGUUGGAGCACAGCAUCGGCCGAGGAAAGGUCAGCUGCUAGUAGUGACCAACAGCCUGCGGGGAGGAAUCUUUUGGGCGGAUUCGGAAGCAUUUUAGGUGGUGGUGGUGGUGGUUUCGGUACGGGGGUAGGAGGAUUCGGAGGAGCAUCCGCAUUUCCAUCCUACGGGGGUUUGAGUUCACCGUAUUCUUCCGGCUCGCUGUACGGCAGCCAAGCGGCAAUCGGCUACAACCAGCAGAGCCUUUACGGCCAACAGGCUGUGGCUGGCUAUCCAUCGUCAGCUUUCGGCGGCCAGCAACAGUUCGGUGGUGCCGGACUGGGAGGAUUUGGUGCCUCCUAUCCAGGAGGUUUCGGCAGCGCUGGUUACGGACAGCAAGGAUUCGGUGGUGGAUCACUUUACGGAGCUAGUGGAUAUCCCAGUUACGGAGUUGGAAGUUUCCCAGGUUUCGGUGGCUCAGGUUUCGGUGCUGCAGGAGGUUUUCCGGCGAGUCUUUAUGGCCAGCAGAGUGGACUCUACGGUCAAUACGGCCAACAAAGCCCUUACGGACAGUACGGCCUCUACAAUCAACAGAGUCUGUACGGUCAGAGUGCUUUCAAUCCCUACGGCUACGGCAGCCAACAGCGGCCUUAUCGUUCAUCCUCGGAUGCGUCAUCUUCUUCCUAUGAAGGCGGAGAUUCUGCAGCCAAUGAACGACAAUAAAUUCAUUUUUAACUGAUACUAAUUGAACCACGAGUAACAUGUUUUUGAAAAUUUUCGUUAUCAUCAAAUUUGUGACUUAAAUUAAUUCUCACGCAAUAUAAACGCAAUUCAUUGAACGAA